AUGUCUCAUCCUCGACAACCCUCACCCAUGGGAAGUGCGAUCAGCUGUAUGCGUCCACGCAAGCGGGCAAGGAGCGAUGCGGAUGCGGAUGAUGCGCACAGACCCUCUGUCAAAGUCAAAGUGGAGGACGACCAAAACACCGACGGCGGCAGCGACAAGCUUGAACUCGCAGCACCCAUCAAUCACCUCUCGGAAUCACCAUCUUAUGAUUCUCUCAAGUCGCAGUAUUACACUGCCAACAGCUCCAUCUUCCUCGAAGCCGACGCGACCCUCCAUCCUCCAUCCAUCGGCGGCCGCCUGCCUCCAAGGCUGCCGAGUCUCGGCACCAUGCCCAACCUCCUGAAGAACAUGGAUGACUAUGUCACUCCAGACGCUCCCGGAUGGGCCAAGACGUCUUCCACCACGUUCACAACGUCCAACGGAGCGAGUAGAUCACGCACACCACCGGGGCUAGCCCCCGUUCUCCCUCUCGAGCUGCUCCACAUGAUCUACGCGGAGCUGCCUCGCAGCAGUCUCGUCGUCAGCCUCAGGGCGAACAAGUUCUUCCACACGUUUGCCAUCAAGAAGCUCUACUCCCAUCUGGUCCUCCCGCGAAACACCUUGUGGCCCUCGCUUGUGGACAAGCCCGUCAAGGACCCUUUCAGCGAUAAAAAGAAGAAGCUCCCCAACCACCAGAAGCGCGCCUACCUGGCCAAGUAUGUCCAGCACCUCGACAUCCAUGCGCACUCGAUCGCAACAUGCUGUCCACCCGGCUCUGGUUCUCCGAGUUUCCCGCCCAUGGCCUACUUGAAGAUGGUCCGCGUCGUCCUCACUGACGGCGUUGGCCAUCGAGACUUUCACAUCCAGCACGGGUUGCCUUGCAACGUCCUCAGCCACCUGAGGCCACGUACCCUUGUCGUUCGUGGUGCUCCUCUUGUGUACGACAAGGUGCCACCUCUGUUCACGACGCUCCUGCUCUCUAAGGUUGAGGACUAUGUUUGUGUCGUUACUCCGGAUAACAUCCAGGCCGGCCACCUCGGAGGCAUUGUCAUGGGAUGCGGUGUCCCGGGCCUCGUCGAGUCGGUCCCACUGUCCGCCUCGACGUUUACGAUCGUGUUCGAGACGCCCGGCCCCGACUUCAAGUGGCGUCCCCGUCCCGUCCUCUACUUCCCCGACGGACCCGCUGUCCCAGAUCGCGAGUGGAUCAUGUCCAACCAUGUCGAGCACAGUGUCCUCAAGGAGACCAUCAACCUCGAGCGCUCCUGGGUAGGAACGGUGAUCAAGGACCUGGCCGCGUUCGCAUGUGGCGAGACCACCUCGUCCCUGGGCCCCAUCGCUGUCCGGCCCAACAUUAAGAUCAACCUCGUCAAUUCCGGCAGCCUCACCCCCGUCGAACGCAAUUCCAAGACCUUUACGCACCCCAUGGAAGACCUGGUCAACUGCCUCUUCAAGGAGAUGGUGUACAGGGUCGUCAGUCGGCCUGAAGAACGCCUCAAGAUCCUGGAGCGCGUCCAGUUCCUCACGAUGCGCGAGUACCUCGAAGAGGAAGAGUGGGAGGGGGUGUUUGACCCCGAAGAAGUUGCCCCGUGGUUUGGCAAGGGAGGCGUCUGA